ACUUAGACGAAACAGAGCGCUUCCUUGUCCUAACCAUCAUCCCUCUUCCCAAAAGAAAAGAUGAGGCCGUUAGACGAGAACGAGACGACCGUAGUCUUCGAAAAGAUCUUCAAAUUCGUGGGCAACAACCUCAAGAACAUCGUCGAGAACCCCUCCCACGAAGGACCCGAGCCAGAACCCGGCCGCUACUGCUUCCGCCUCCAGAAGAACAGAGUCUACUACGUAAGCGAGUCUCUCGUGAAGCGAGCUACAAACAUCUCCCGUAAAAACCUAGUCUCUCUCGGAACCUGCAUCGGGAAGUACACUCACGCGGGGAGCUUCCACUUGACGAUCAUGUCGCUCAAUCUCUUGGCGGCGAACGCGAAACACAAGGUAUGGCUGAAACCCACCUCGGAGAUGUCGUUUCUUUACGGGAACCAUGUGUUGAAAGGAGGGUUAGGGAGGAUUACUGAUAGCAUUGUCCCUGGAGAUGGAGUUGUCGUGUUCUCGAUGUCUGAUGUUCCGUUAGGGUUUGGUAUUGCGGCGAAGAGUACUCAGGAUUGUCGGAAGUUGGAUCCGAAUGGUAUCGUUGUGCUUCAUCAAGCUGAUAUUGGAGAGUACUUGAGAGAUGAAGACGAGCUUUGAACUGUUUCAAAGGUUUUUUGUCUUUUGUUCUGCUUCUUGUUUUAAGUUUUUUUUUUUAAUUAAUAUGUAGCUGUUACAAAUUGUGUGGAACAUGAUGUUGGAUCUAAUGGAAGUCUCUAUUUUUAUGAAUCUGGUUGUGGCUGAUUUGUGAAUCUGUAAGAUGAUAGCUGUUGGAAAGCUUCUCAGCUGUAUAUGUAAGAUAAUGUUGAGAAGCUUGAAACUUAAAUGAAUUAAC